GCGGCCGCCGUCGCCGCCAGCCCCGUGUCCCUCCGCGGCCGCCGUCGCCGCCAGCCCCGUGUCCCUCCGCGGCCGCCGUCACCGCCAGCCCCGUGUCGCUCCCGCCGCCGCCAUGGUGUUCCAGUGCCAGCGGGACAGCUGGGCCCGGCAGUUCGCCACCACGGUGGUGUCGUGCCGGGCGGCGGAGCUGCGGCCCGAGGGCGGCGGGGAGCCGGUGCGCGGGUUCCAGGUGGUGCUGGAGGACACCAUCCUCUUCCCCGAGGGCGGCGGGCAGCCCGACGACCGCGGCCGCAUCGGCGACGUGCCGGUGCUGCGCGUGACCCGGAGGGGCCCCGAGGCCGUGCACUUCGUGCAGGCGGCGCUGGAGCCCGGCGCCGAGGUGCUGGUGUCGCUGGACUGGGAGCGCCGCUUCGACCACAUGCAGCAGCACUCAGGACAGCAUCUCAUCACUGCCAUCGCAGAGCAGAUGUUUGGAUUCAAGACAACUUCAUGGGAGCUGGGCCGUCAGCGAAGUGUCAUUGAGUUGGACACCCCCUCCAUGACAGCAGAGCAAAUAGAGGCCCUGGAGAAGAGUGUGAAUGAGAAAAUCCGGGAGAGGAUACCAGUGAUGGUGAGGGAACUGGCUGCAGAUGACCCUGAAAUUGAAACAGUGAGAAGCCGUGGUUUGCCCGAUGACCACGCGGGGCCAGUGCGAGUUGUUGACAUCGAAGGCAUAGACUCCAACAUGUGCUGUGGGACUCAUGUCUCCAACCUGAGCGACUUGCAGGUUAUUAAACUCCUUGGCACAGAAAAAGGGAAAAAGAACAAAACCAACUUGGUUUUCCUGUCGGGAAACAGAGUGCUGAAGUCAGUCGAACAAAGUUACAGUACUGAGAAGGCUCUAACCUCACUGCUCAAAAAUGGACCAGGUGAGCACGUGGAGGCUGUGAAGAGGCUGCAGAGUUCUGUGAAACUGCUUCAAAAGAAUAACUUGAACCUGCUUAGAGACAUUGCUGUUUUGAUAGCCCAGGACUUCAAGAGCAAACCUGUUCAAAGUCAGCUGUUUGUGUUACACAGGAAAGAGGGUGACUCUGAAUUUAUGAAUAUCAUCGCUAAUGAGAUUGGGACAGAGGAAACUCUGCUGUUCCUGACUGUGGGAGAUGAAAAAGAAGCAGGACUCUUUCUUCUAGCUGGACCUGUUGAAGCAGUUGAGAAUUUAGGUCCCAGGGUGGCAGAGCUGUUGGGAGGCAAAGGAGCUGGGAAGCGAGGCCGCUUUCAGGGCAAGGCAACCAAGAUGAGUCAUCGAGGAGAAGUGCAAGCUCUGCUCCAGGAAUUCGUCAGUCAUUGAAGCCCUGAAGCGCAGAAGAAGGAAUGAAAUGUGGCAGGAAUUGGAGGAAUGCUCAGAUCAGUAAAUUCCCCUUAAAAGACCAAACUAAGCUGGUCACCAGUUACAGCUGCCUGAGGUAGAGCUGGGGGGCAAGAAGAUGAGAUGCUGCUGUCAAGCCUGUGAGCAAGGAAAGGAGGAGGCACCAAAGAACAAGCCUCCUUGAGCCCUUUUCUGAAAAACAAAGCAACUGACUUUAUUUCCUGGCUACUCAGAAAUCUGCAAGUGCUGGAGGUCUGGAGAUGUUUGUGCUGGUGCCGCUGCCAGGGCCCCUCACUGCUGGCCACCAGGCCGGGCUGCUGCUGGCCUCGGGGCUUGGCAGUUCCCUCAGGCAGCGGGCGCUGCUGACCCAGCUGUGACGCUGGUGGGAGCAGCUUUUGGGUCACACUGGCUUCAUGGCUGCAGUCCCAGAGCUCUGCUGUGGGGCCAUCAAGGAUGUUAUUGCAGAAAGGAAGUUCAUCCCCUUGUAGCUGGCCUGGAAGAACCAUGUUAACACGCACAUGCUGACUGUACAUGAGCAUUAAAUGCGGAUAGAAGCAGCCACCUAGUGCUUUGUUUUGCAGGCACAUAGAAAAACAUAUGAAAGCCCU